GGCUCCGAAGUGCAGCCCAUCUUCCUCUACUCUCGCUAUAUAUCUAUUUGAGAACUGAUGAAGCACCUCCUCGUCGCCCUCCUCGCCCGCGCUGCCGCCGAAGUCCACCGCGUCCCCCUCACGAGGGUGCCGCGGGUCAGGCAGAGCCGCACGGCCUUCUCGACGCAGCGCGUCGCCGCGGACCUGAAGAACGGCGACGCCAUCAUCAUCAAGGACUACCAGAACGCCCAGUACUACGGCGAAAUUAGUGUGGGCACGCCGGGCCAGAAGCUCGCGGUCGUCUUCGACACCGGGUCGAGCAACCUCUGGGUGCCGAACAAGAAGCCCUUCCUCUCGACGCACCGGACCUAUUCUCACGACGCGUCGUCGACCUACGUGAAGAACGGCUCGAAGUUCGCCAUCCAGUACGGCUCGGGGCCCGUGAGCGGCGUCUACUCGCGCGACACGUUGAGGGUGGGCGACGUCCAAACAAAGAGCUACCUCUUCGCCGAGGUCGACGACACGUCGGGCCUGGGCGUCGGCUACCGGUUGGGCAAGUUCGACGGCAUUUUGGGCCUGGCCUGGCCGGGUAUUAGUGUGGACGGCGUGCCGACGCCGCUGCAGGCUUUGCUAGGGUCCCUCGACGCGCCGGUCUUCGCCUUUUCGUUGGGAGACGAGAAGGCCGGCGAAUUGAUGUUGGGCGGCGUCGACUCCACCAAAUACACCGGAAGCUUUCAUUACGUGCCGCUCCAGUCCAAGACCUACUGGGAAAUCAAGCUCGAGGGCCUCGCCGUCGGCGCCGCGAACAUGACGCGGGCGACGCGCGCCAUCGUCGACUCGGGCACGUCCCUGCUCGCGGGGCCCAAGGACGACGUCAAGCGCGUCGCCAAGGCCGUCGGCGCGAAGCCCGCGCUCGCCGGCGAGUACACGAUCGCCUGCGACGCCAAGGCGCCCGACAUCACGUUCGUGCUCGGGGGCCGGCGCUACGACCUCGCCCUCGAGGACUACGUCAUCGAGGAGUCGGGCCAGUGCCUCUUCGGCAUGAUGGGCAUCGACCUGCAGGGCCAGGCGCCGCUCUGGAUCCUCGGCGACGUCUUCAUGCGCAAGUACUACGUCAAGUUCGACGUCGGCCAGGCGCGCGUCGGCCUCGCGCUCGCGAAGUAGGUCGCUCCCCCCGUGUGUAAGUACGAGUCCCUGUC